AUAGGAUACUACGUGAAUCACGAUUCAAAAAAUUUCUCGUUGAAUAAUUAGAAUUUCUAUUCUCUACAUUUAAGGUUAUUUUUCUCUUUAAAAACUCGUAUGAGUCUUUUAUUUGAAAAACACAAAUUUUGUAAUUAUGUUACUAAGUAUUUUUUGAUUAAUUUGCCGGUUUAUGAUGAACUGAACUUUGUUUAAGAACAUAAAAGGUAUUAAGUGUCACUUUUUGAAUUUACUUUCUACCGAAAAAAAAUAAUGAUGAAUAAUUGCAGAGUUGGAAUUUUAAGGAAAUGCAAUGAAAUAGUGCUGCUACUACGAUUGUUGUCCUCUUCAUCUAGAAAAUUGUCAAGUGACAAAAAUAUUAUUAAUAUUCCAAAUAGAAUCAAUAGAUGUUCUACUGACAUUUUAAAAGCUAUUUCUAGUACCAUACAACGUGACCCGACUGCAGCACACUAUAAAUAUCAUGAUGAUCCUUACCUUAUUCCAGUUUCAAAUUUUCAAAAGCGAGCCUAUGCUUUGAGUCAAGAAUCUGGUAGAAAAGCAGCACAUUGGAUUCGAAGCCAACAUGCUGAUUUAUUUAACCAUAAGUUAGCAUUUCCACCUAUAGAGAAAUUUUAUCCUAAAGUUGUUUAUGAUGAAAGUCAAGAAGUAAAUGAGACAGAUUUACAGAGAGUAAUCAAAAGUGGAGCUGUAUCUGAUGCUAUCACUAUUUACAACAUAUUAAAGAAACAAGAUACAGAUUUAAAUUUAGAAACACAACAAGCUCUACUUGAAUUGGUAUGUUUUUUUAAUAGUCAAGAUGACAUAGAAGAAGAUUGGAUUGAAGAAAAGUGGUACACACAAGCAGGUCAUGAACGAGAAGCAUUUAGAAACACUUGGAAAACAAAUGGAUUUGCAAAUAAGUUAUUUGCUCAAAUUAAUAGUCCAAGUGCUGAAAAUUACUCAACUAUGAUAUUAGGAAUGACUAAAUUUAAUCAGUUUGAAGAAGCAUAUAAACUGUAUAAGCAAGCAUGUGAAAAACAAUUAGUUUUGACAGUUGAUGCCUAUAACUCAAUUAUUAAGACAGCGUUGUACAUAAAAGAAGGAGCUGACCAUAAAUGGUUGCAUAUACAGGAAAUUUUGAUCAAAAUGAAUGAAUUAGGACUACCUAUGAAUUUGGGGACUCUGAACUCAACACUUCAUGUUUUGUCAACUAUAGCGACAAAUCCAGCAAUAAAAAAAUAUGCAUUGAGUACUAUUGCUGAAGGGAAAAGAUUUAAUAUUGAGCCUAGUUUGGCGUCUUACUAUUAUCUACUUAAAAUAUUUUGUUCUGACAGAAAAAAUAAAAGUGCAGUAUUAAAAGAUAUAUUAAAUGUGUUAGAAGGAAAAUCGCUAACCAUUAGAGAUAUUGCUGAUACCAAUUUUUUUAUGGCAGCCAUGGAAAACUGUCGCUAUCAUUUACAUGAUUUUAAUGUUGCUCAAAGAGUUCAUUCAAUUUUGAUAACAAGUGACAACUACAAUUUGAUUGGCGAUUCAUAUAAAGAAUCUAUUUAUUACCGACAUUUUUUUGCAAUAUUGUGCCAAAAUGAAUCAGUUGAAUUGCUAAUGAAGUAUUAUAACGAUUUUGUACCACAUAUCUAUAUACCAGAACCAAAUAUCAGCGAGAUGAUUGUAAAAGCUAUAAAUGCAUCUGCAGCAGUUGAACUUUAUCCAAAAAUAUGGUCUGACAUUUUAAUGUUUGACCAAGCUGAUCGUGAGCCAAUUAUUACAGAAUUAACUACUGGUAUGGCCCAAAACUUAUUUCCGAGCUUUGACGAAUCAGUGAAAAUUAAAAUUGGUAAAUUAGGAGCCAGCAUUUAUACUGAAAUUGAUGAUAGGCAACAAGUUGGAAAAAUAAAAAUGCCGUGGACUGGCAUUAUGUUAGGAAAUUUAAUAGAUAUUUGUUUGUAUGGAGAUUGUAUUGAUGAAGCUGCAACAAUUUUAACAAAAUUACACAAAAAUCAAAAUGAAAUAAUUGGAAUUCCAAGUAGUGAAACAAUAACUAAUUUUAUAAAUUAUUGCAUUGAAAAAAAUCAAUUCAAUGAAUUACUUAAAUGUAUUGAAUACUCUUUGGAAGUUGAAUAUAUUGAACUUGAAGACUACAUUUCAAAAAUCAUAGAGAAAAUGACUUUGACACCAAUGCAGCGGGCCCAUUUGUCUAAGCUAGUUGGAAAUGAUUAUUUUGUUACUAUUGAAAACCGGUUAAAGUCUAUUUCUAAUUAAAAUUUUGUUAUUAAUUGCAUGUAGGAUAAUUAUUAUAAAUGAACAGUUAUGAACAUAUGUUUUAAAAUAUACUAGUAUUUCUAUA